UGUUAUCUUUGUUCCUCAUUUCAUUCCUCGGGCCCGUUUGAGAAGUCAGACCACACACUGUGUAAACGCCCACACGAGGGUGUGGUCACUCGAUGAAAAGCAGGACGGAGGAUCAAGUAGAACGAGACUGGAGUGUUUACGGGGCAUCGAGGCACCGGGCCAGGAACGAGAGAACAACCUGAAAAAGAAGAAUUAAAAAUGGAUCCGGUCUACUCAAAUGAGAAAUCACGAAUCGGUGAUCAGCCUCCAGCAUACCAGGCUGACAUGGGGUAUCCUUCAGCACCUUCUCAGGGUGUUUAUCCUGCUGCCCAGGGGUACGGUUCUACACCUUACCCAGGUCAGCCUUACUCAGGUCAGCCUUACCCAGGUCAGCCUUACGGAGGAGCUCCGGCGUACCCCGGCCAGCCCGCCGUCACCACCCAACCUACCAUCCUCGUGACCUCGGUGACUCCAGUUAGCCAUGUUCCUGAUUACCUGGGUUACUCCAUCUUCACCCUGCUGUGCUGCUGCCUGCCCCUCGGCAUCGCCGCCCUCAUUUACUCCAUCAACACUCGAGACGCCAACAUGACCGGCAACACAGAUCUGGCAUUGAAAAACUCAAAAAUGUCACGGCUCCUGAACAACAUCGCUCUGGGGAUCGGGAUCGCCUUCAUCGUCCUCUAUAUCAUCAUCGUCGCCGUCACAGUUUCAAACGCCGGGAAAAUACACCAUGGUGACUGAAACACCAAAAAUCUUUAGCAAGAUGCAAUUAUUGAUUAUGAAAAAUAUUAACUUUUAUAUUGCUUAAUGAUACAUUUUAUAUGUCUAGGUGAUUUACUUUUAUCCCAAAUAAUAGUGAGCGUUUAAAUAUAAGUGGCAGCCGAGUCCUGUACUGUAUAAACAUCCUGUGCAUGUUUAUGCUUUAUACGUUUGUACUAUAUACACACUAGAAUUCUGUUCCUGUAUUUAAAUGUAUAAUAAUAUGAUAAUUGCUAAUUGUUAUAUCCCUAAUCAUUAUACCAUAUCACCUGUCUGUUAUUGUUAGAUCACUGUCCCUAAUAAACUGGCAACUUGGUGUGUAUUCCUUAUUUGUAUACUGUACUUCAUUUUAUAUUUUAUUUUUAAGAUACAUGGAAAAAGUUGAAUUUACGUUAACAAAAAAACAAAACAAAACAUGACUGUUUAACUGAUGCUGUGAAAAAACAAAGAUACGAAUUGUAACCCCGCCCCUAAAACCUGUUCAUUAUGGUGUAAACUGUCAGACAUUUGCAAAUAUAAAUAAAUAUCUGAAAGAUCUUCA